GUCGCCACCUGCAGCACUCCUGGCAGAGUGUAUACCCUCGCCUGGAGGAACGAUUCACAGCGCCCCAGACUAGCGACUGGAUCGAGUGACGGCAGCAUAUGCAUCUUUGAUGCCAGCCUGGGCGUAUGUAUGGCCAGAUUUCAGGGCCACUUUGGAGCCGUGCUGUCCCUCGCGUGGAGCGCGGUGCCGGAUGAGACCCUUUGCUUGGCCUCGUGCGGCGAGGACGGCACUGUGCGAGUCUGGGAGGCACGGGCAGCGCAAUGUUUAGCCGUCCACAUCGGCCACGCUGGUAGUGCGCCCCAGCGGCAUGAACACGUGUGA